AUGGCGCCGACCAGACGAGCAAAGGGAAAAGCCAAGGCGACUGGAUCGGGAUUUGUCUGCAGGGAUGAUUAUUGGUACCGCGUUCUGAACGAUGCUUGCAAAGCCGGCAUCGCCGACCCAGAUAACGGACCAGAUGUUGCCCAAUUUGUUGGCGCGCUCAUGGCAGUCGAGGGCUGCCACGAGGACAAGCUGCCGAAGAACUGGAAGAAGUUUGCUGGCGCUCAUCCGCAGAUGGCAAACCUCAUCCGCCGAUCUGCGUCCAAGUUUGUUGUGAAACCUGGUCAGCCGCUCCAGGUGCACCUCCCGACUGAUGGAUCAGUCCCUAAGGUGAAAAAGUUCCUCAUGUUCCGUCGACCUACGGAGAAUGAGCAAGGCGAAUAUGAGGAGGAGAAGGCGGCGCCAGGACUGCAAAUGGCUCGAAAGGCGAUGCGCGCCUCCAGGCGUAAGCAUGAGAAGCGGAUGAAGAAACAGCAGAACAUCUCUGAGAGUGAAUCUACAGAGGAUGAGGAGAUGAAUGACGAGGCUAGUGAUAAUGAGGCCAGCGAUGAUGAACCUGGCAGUGAUGGAGCUGGUGAAGCCGGAUCUGGCGAAAACGGCGCCGAUAAGGAGAAUGGCAACGCUGAUAAUGAUGAUGGCAAUGGUGGAGAGGAUGGCACCACUGGCGAGGAUGUUAACGACAAGGAGGAUGGCAAUGCUGGCAAGGAGGAUGGCAAUUAUUAUCCAGCCAAACGAGCUCUACACGAGUUUACUUCGACGACUUCCGGUAAGAAGCAGAGGACCAACAAUGCCAAUAAUACAAAGCAGAAGACGAUCGAGAAGCAGGCUGUCGCAGCUUUUAACGCGCCUGGAGAUGCACUUGGAAUGAGCUUCGAAUUCUUUACGACUGCGGAUGAACCCAAGAAACCUCAGCCAACCAUGGCCGAAUACUCAAAGGCGCGACAAUUGAUGUUGGAUGGCUGUGAAGACAUGGAUACCGCGGUAGCCCAGGUCAUGGCACAGAGGGGGAGCUGCGACACAUAUCAGUAG